AUGACCAAGAAAAACUCAUUUACAGACACCAAUGGUAAUUCAUCCAAGGAACAACAAUAUGGAAACAUUGACAAUAAUAUCCCCAGUUCCCCCCAAAAAGAGAUUUUACAGAAUCAAGUAAAAUAUUUACCGUUAAAUUAUUCAAACGACUCACAUAUUUCCAUUAAUACUGACUCGGAAACUACAAAUGCAUUUAAAAAAGUAGAUUCUAUUGCUUCAAUUAAUGAUGAAUCAGUCAAUAUUACUGAUACUUCUCAAUAUACAGAGAACAAACAAAAUGGAUCAGGAUCUCCAUUUGACAAAACCCUUUUAAAUAAAGGGAAAAAACCAAAGGAUAAUAAAACUAUAACCUAUAAAUUUGAACAACCUUUAACCCUUUGGCAAGCCUAUUGCUAUAUAAUCACCUUUUGGGCGCCUGCAUUUGUAUUGUCAUUGUUUGGAAUGCCACAAAAAGAAAGACAAAUGGCUUGGAGGGAAAAAAUUGCACUUAUUUCAAUGAUUUUUUAUUGCGGUAGUAUAGUUGCCUUUUUAACAUUUGGUUUUACCAAAACUGUUUGUAAAGCUCCUGGACUACGUCUAAGAAGCGAUCAAAUUGUGAAUAAUCAGCUAAUAAUCAAUGGCCGGGUCUUUUUUUUAGAUUCUUGGAUUCAUCCAGAAAUUGCCGGAAUACCAGCCACAACCAACAUGUUUAAUGAACUAUUAAAUUUUGGUGGCAGUGAUGCCUCUUUUCUUUUUCAAAAUGUUAAUGGUAAUUGCAAAGGACUUAUCAAACCAAGAGACAACUGUACAAUCCCACAUGAUAAUGAAGGCAACCUUGCUUGGUAUUUCCCAUGUAAAUUACUUAACAAAGAUGGUCUCUAUGAUAACAAGUUUGAUAAAUUUCUUUCGUAUGAUGUUAAUACGUGUCACACUUCAAAAAAAUCACGCGAUUUUUACUAUAAUAAAAAGAGUGACGCUGAGCUAUAUUUUACCUGGGAGGAUAUACAAAAUUCAACUCGUAAUCUAGUUGUUGCUAAUGGAAAUGUAUUAGAUUUGGACCUAUUGAAUUUGUUGGAAAGUGAGAGUUUGCUUUAUCCUCCAUAUUUUGAUUAUUUGAAGCAGGGUGAUUUGAAAGGCUAUGAUAUUUCAAUGCUUAUGUCUAAUUCGGAGCAAAAAAAAGUCAUGCAUUGCUUAACAGAAAUUAUUAGGGUCGGUUCAAUCGAUUCAGAAACUAUUGGCUGUAUUGCUUCGGACAUUGUUUUAUAUUUGUCAUUAAUAUUCAUUCUUUCCAUUGUGAUUGCCAAAUUUUUGGUGGCUUGUUAUUUCAAUUGGAUCAUUGCCAAAAAACAAGGUGCAUUUAGUGUUGACAAUAAAGCUCUAGCAGAACAUACAAAUGUUAUUGAAGAUUGGUCACAAGAUAUUUACAAGCAAGGUCCUAUCAAAAAUGUCGAGCCACAUCUAAGACCAGUAAAGGGCUCAUUUAAACAAGGUGGUAAUGCCUCUACCACCAAUAAUAAUAGUAGAAAAAAAUUACCUGAUUUUUCAAAACUAUUGCCUUUGUAUUAUAAUAAAACUGGAUCCAAGCUAUAUUUAGAAGCUGCGGAUCAUAAUAAAAAAAGUGAUAAUGGGGCUGGUAGCGUUGAUGAUACUUCUGUUGAUGGAUUAUCAAUAAAGUUAACAAGACAGAAAUUACUUUUAGAAAAAUCUUCUCAUGAUCUACAAUACACUUGUACUGUUGAAACAUCGAAUGAUAACAUGACAACAAUGACAACUCAAAGUGUUUCAAACAACAAACUAAACACAACGAAUCCUUGGAAUGAAAUUUUGAAAGAACCAGGCGCGCCAUUGACUGAUCAUGAAGACAGCAAAAAUGGUAUUGGUGAAGAAAACAAGGAAAGACAAAAAUUAGCCCAGCUUUUUUUCACCAAGCAAUUUAUAAAUAGGCUAGAUCCAUCUAUAAUACACCCAAAUGCUGUCUUACAGCCGCCCCCGUAUUUUAAGCCUAACGGGUACCCACUAAUUCACACUAUAUGUUUUGUCACUUGCUAUUCAGAAGAUGAAGUUGGGUUGAGAACAACAUUAGAUUCUAUUUCAACUACAGAUUACCCCAAUUCACACAAAUUGAUAAUGAUUUUAUGCGAUGGUUUAAUUAAAGGCUCAGGUAAUGACAAAACUACACCAGACAUUGUGUUGGAUAUGAUGGAAGAUUGCAUUACAACAAGAGAUGAGGUAACGGCCCAUUCAUACAUAGCUGUCGCAUCUGGUUCCAAGAGACAUAAUAUGGCCAAAGUUUAUGCUGGUUUUUAUAAAUACAACGACGCAACGGUGCCCAUUGAAAAACAACAACGCGUUCCUCUUAUAGCGAUAGUUAAGACUGGCACACCAAACGAGGCAGGGACAGCAAAACCUGGGAACAGAGGCAAACGGGAUUCGCAAGUUAUUUUAAUGUCAUUUUUACAAAAGCUAACUUUUAAUGAAAGAAUGACAGAUUUAGAAUACGAGAUCUUAAAAAAUAUAUGGUGCAUCACCGGGUUAAUGCCGGAUUUUUACGAGGCCGUGUUGAUGGUCGAUGCUGACACUAAAGUGUUCCCCGACUCUUUAACACACAUGCUUGCUGAAAUGGUUAAAGAUCCAGAAAUAAUGGGGCUAUGUGGUGAAACUAAAAUCUCAAACAAGAAGCAGUCCUGGGUCACAGCAAUUCAAGUUUUUGAAUACUAUAUAUCGCACCACCAAUCAAAAGCCUUUGAGUCUGUUUUCGGUUCUGUUACCUGCUUGCCAGGAUGUUUUUCCAUUUAUCGUAUCAAGUCACCAAAGGGUAAAGACGGGUUCUGGGUUCCGAUAUUAGCCAAUUCUGAUAUUGUGGAAAAAUAUUCUGAUAACGUCACCAAUAGUUUACACAAAAAAAACUUGCUAUUGUUGGGAGAAGAUAGAUAUUUAUCCUCGUUAAUGUUAAGAACUUUCCCCAAAAGGAAACAGAUAUUUUUACCUAAAGCUGCGUGUAAAACAGUUGUUCCUGAUAAAUUCAAAGUGUUGUUAUCGCAACGUCGCAGAUGGAUCAAUUCCACUGUACAUAAUUUAUUCGAGUUAGUUUUAAUCAACGAUUUGUGCGGUACUUUUUGUUUUUCAAUGCAAUUUGUUAUAUUUAUCGAAUUAGUUGGUACCUUAGUUUUGCCCUUGGCCAUAUGCUUUACCAUUUAUGUUAUUAUUUUUUCUAUUUUUUCACAACCAACACCAGUGAUCACUUUGGUGUUAUUAGCCAUCAUAUUGGGAUUGCCCGGAGUUUUGAUCAUAGUCAAUGCAACAAGAUGGUCUUAUCUCGCCUGGCUAUUUAUUUAUAUUUUGGCAUUGCCAAUAUGGAACUUUGUAUUACCUACCUACGCAUAUUGGAAAUUUGAUGAUUUUUCAUGGGGUGAUACAAGAACUAUUACAACUACAAACAGCAACGCUGCCAUUAAAACAAACUUAAAAGAGGAAACCGAAGAUGAUUUUGAUUACUCUCAGAUUACCUUAAGAACAUGGAGAGAGUUUGAAAUCGAGGAAAGAUUAAAAAGGUAUGGAAGAAAAUAG